CUCCCCCCCUUGCAAAGCUGCGCCGGCCGCCCGCGGAGGGGAGGCUGCAGAGCGAGGGCUGGAGGUGGGUGCGGCGCGGCGGGGGACGCGGGGCUCAGAGACAGUCGGACUAUUUUCCAGCAUCGCGGCCUCCUGCCAUGUCUGACCCCAUCACACUGAAUGUUGGGGGGAAGCUCUACACAACCUCACUGGCAACCUUGACCAGCUUCCCCGACUCCAUGCUGGGCGCCAUGUUCAGUGGGAAGAUGCCCACCAAGAGGGACAGCCAGGGCAACUGCUUCAUCGACCGCGACGGCAAAGUUUUCCGCUACAUCCUCAACUUCCUGCGCACCUCCCACUUGGACUUGCCGGAGGACUUCCAGGAGAUGGGCCUGCUCCGAAGGGAGGCUGACUUCUACCAGGUACAGCCCCUCAUUGAGGCCCUGCAGGAGAAGGAGGUGGAGCUCUCCAAGGCCGAGAAGAACGCCAUGCUCAACAUCACCCUGAACCAGCGGGUGCAGACGGUCCACUUCACUGUGCGCGAGGCCCCUCAGAUCUACAGCCUCUCCUCGUCCAGCAUGGAGGUCUUCAACGCCAACAUCUUCAGUACCUCUUGCCUCUUCCUCAAGCUCCUGGGCUCCAAGCUCUUCUACUGCUCCAAUGGCAAUCUCUCCUCCAUCACCAGCCACUUGCAGGACCCCAACCACCUGACUCUGGACUGGGUGGCCAAUGUGGAGGGCCUCCCAGAGGAGGAGUAUACCAAGCAGAACCUCAAGAGGCUCUGGGUGGUGCCAGCCAACAAGCAGAUCAACAGCUUCCAGGUCUUUGUGGAAGAGGUGCUGAAAAUCGCCCUGAGUGACGGCUUCUGCAUCGAUUCUUCUCACCCACAUGCCGUGGAUUUUAUGAAUAAUAAGAUUAUUCGAUUAAUACGGUAUAGAUAAAAGGACCCCAGCAGCACUGGAGGGGGGCUCCCAAGAAGCUCCGUGUCAGCCAAGAUCUUGGAGAGUGUCUCGCCAGUGGUGGGAGCCAGGGCGCUACACUAACCUGUAUUAAUCACGUAGCAGGACUUGAUUCCCCCCACAAUGCAGUCUCCCUGUACGAAUCCAUGUGUCCUCUCCAUGGAGCCACCUUUUCCUUGCCACUUGGAGCUAGAGAUGGGCAGUUGGUCAUGACAAGCGAAGUGUCUGCCAGUGUGUCCAAAAGGCCACAGGAGGGCUUGCUGGCUACAGAGGAAUGGCGGGUUCUUCACAGGCACCGGCUCUCUCUGUACCAUUAGGCAGUGCCUCCCCAAGCCGUCUAUGAAAGGAGCCCCUGGUGAAGGGGUCCCACCAGGUCCCCAGGACGUUAAGUCACCUGAGAGUCCCAUGCCGCCUGCUCCUCUGUCCCAAGGAUGCACCUGGAACCUUGGACUUGUUUGCUCAGGGACAGCCAGGUUGGGCCAGCUUGGAAGUGAGAUUUCAGAGCUGCGUUUUUGGCCUCCACUGUGGCGGGGAGAGAUUGGAGCUGUGGCACGGCCUAGCAGAGUGAGUGUCCAGGCCGGGUUCAGAGGAUAAGGCUGUCCCUCUUAACUGGGCCAAAUGUAGACGUUUGGGGACUUCUCACUUCAGAAAUGAGCUGCUGUCCCUGUGAAGAUUUUAAAGUAUCUGGAGCCAAUGCAAUGAAAGGCCUUUCGUAACAUAGACUGUUAA